UGUCUUUUGUCUUAUGUGUUUCUUAUUUCGUGUUUUCGCAGCAUUGCAAACGUAUUCCUUGUUAAUCUUAUAUUGGAUACUUGAGCUGUCUUUCCGUCAAUUUCAGGAACUCCAAGGGAGCGCCCUCUGGACGAAUUGCACAAGUAACGCUAGCUGUAGCGUAUCCGUCAUCCAUCAGCAGAAUCCUUUCUUUAAGACGGGAUUUCUUAGACUAAAACAUCUCGAGCCUUUCACCACAUAUUGCAUCUCAGUGAGAGGUUGUAACGAUGCCGGAUGUGGAGAGGGAUCUACUCAAGAGGCGAGAACAAGCGUAUCAGCUCCCAGUGCACCAGUGGAUUUGAAAGUCUCGAGAUAUGAGGGGAACAGUGUCUUUGUAGCUUGGGAAGAGCCUAGGAAACCAGCAGGUCCUAUAUAUGGCUAUUCAGUCGAAUGGCACUGCCCCUCCGGCGAACGCCUUAGUACGUUCAUAUCUGGACACUUAAACAGCACCACUGUUGAAGAUUUGCCUUUAGGUGGAUUAAAUUGCACAUUUUGGGUGUCUGCUUUCAACAGAAGCUGGAGAGAUAAUCUACUGCAAGGAGACCUCGCAGAAGCAGUAUUGUCGUCAUCAAAUGUUUCUAGCGACUAGCUCCAGGGGUGCUGGCUCACAAGGAUUACCCGUCACAGCAUAGUUUCUAAAUUUAGUGAAAUAAAAUCGCAUUUUUACCAUA